UCCUGGACUUCAGAAUAGCCCAGAAAUGGCUGAGGCUGGAGAAAUAUCACUGGAUCUACAAGGAGAUCGAACUGAUCAGAAGAGCUUACAGAAGCAUGACCAAACCACAGAGGAGCUACAGAGCUCGCUGUCUACUUUAACAUUACGGAUCAACCAGCAUCUCUCCCGCUGUGCUGAACUCAGUAUGGACCUCCUGGACAUUGAGACAGACAUGGCUGUGCUCUGUGACUCUGACCUCAGUGGACUGGAGGGGCUACGAGAGCAGCAAGAUGACCUAGAGGCUCACUAUCACAACAUUGAGGAAGAGGUACGGGACAUGGAGAGACUAGCCAGUCAACUGCAGGUUCCUCCCCCAGAACAGAGAGACCUGCUCAGGGAAGAGGUUCAGGCGAUUCUGCAGGCUUGGGAGGAAGUAGGCCGCAACAUGGCCGAAAACAGAGGCCGCCUGUUUUUCCUGAAGUUCCACCACAUUCAGGACUUUUUCAAAAACCAUCUUGCCAUGAUUACGUGGACAGAAAACACAAGAACGUAUGUCCUCCAUGGCACUGCUGCCCGGAGAGAGAGUGAAGUUGCAGAAAUGCAUUGCAGGAUUGAAACAAAGCUGGAUGAGUUUAACAAACUGGCUGCAGCUGGACAAACACUUAUACAAGAGGAGACUCAGUUUAAAGACAUUAUCAAGGAGAGGACAGAUGAGUUGCAAAGCAUGCUAAGAUGGAUCCAGGUCAAUUGGCGGACUCAAAGAGAGCAACUUAAAGGGGAACAGAAUGAGAGACCAGAGAGAACAAAUGAUCUUGUCCAACAGAAGACUAUGCUUCUCAAAAAAAUGCCGUCAGAUAGUCUGUGCAUUGUAAACAGAGAGGGAAUAGGAGGCACUAUUAAAACAGAACCCUCUCAAAACAACUGCAAACAAAAGACUGGGAGUCAAGAUGUGUCCAGUGUUGUAAGUCAGGAGUCCUGCCUUGCAAAGACAUCCCUUGGCUCAAGCAUCUGUCUCAUUUUGAGCUUUGAUGAGCAGUCCUCAGAGAUCAACCAAGUGACAAAGCAAUGGUCACCUAACAAUAAUGAAGUACACUGCAUCACAAAUGACAUUACAUUAUCAACCCCGAAAAAGGAACAAAUAGAAGAGUCCACAAGCAACAUUCAUGUGCACACACAGCAGUUACAAGACAACAACCCAAUGCAAAUGCAACAGACACUAGAGAUGCUUCCAAAUGUAUCAAGCAUCAGUGAAGAGACAGAGCACAAGUCAUCUUGUGGAUUUAUAGCACAGGAGCAUAAGUCAACAAACAACACCAAUCAAGGGCAACCAGUCCAGUCACCAAGCCAAUCGUCCCCAUGUAAUAUUCAACCAUCCUUUUGCAACCCUCUUGCAGAAGAUCUGCGAUCACCUGUCAAUAACCAAAUGCCCUUGCAACUCUCACCAAGCAUGGAUCAGAUACAAAAUCCAGAGCUAUCAGUCAUGCAUCAAGUGCAAAACCAACAGUUACCAAGAUACAACAAAGAGUGGACAAAACAAUCGCACAGCGAUCGAGCAACAAACAAAACGCCAUCAGAUAAACUUCAAGUCUUAGAGAACCAUAGCAAUGACCUCCUGCAUCAGGAAGAGCCAGCUGAAGUCACUCAUAGAGUGUUCACGUAUUUGCAUGUCUCAGACAAUUACAAAUCCCCAUCACAUGCUGCCGGGGAGGGUAUAACAACCUCUGCCUUAUGUUCUCCAUCAGUGUCCCUUUCUUCCACUCAUUCGUCCUCCUUACACUCGCAAAAUGUCACAACUGACGGAGGGACUGUCUGCAACCACAAGAGAUUCAAGGCCAGUUCUGUGUUCUCGCUGAAAGAGCCGAUCAGAAGCAAGAAGGGUGAGCGUCGAAGGCACUCCACGCUUGGCAACAUAAGAUCGGAAAGAUCUGGCGAACCUUCAAACAUUUUCAGGCAGAGGUGUAACACUUGGCCAGAAGGGGAGAGGAGAAGUCAGGAAAGUCAAGUGAACUCCAGACCUCAGGUGCUCAUUAAAGAGAGUAUGCUACCGGUGUAUUCUGUCAAUUAUGACAAGCCUACCACUUUUCCAGGUGACAAUUUGCCUAAAACUAUCAAGACUCCAAGCAGACCAGUUAAAAACAUCUGCUCUUAUCUGUCUCUGGGAUCCACACUUAGCUUCAGUCUUCCCAAGAGAUUUCACAACAGAGUCUCAGACUUGGAGAACAAAGAGAAUAUUGGACCUGCCCUUAUUUAUGACAACCCAUCUGACUCAAAGAAUCAACCAUUGUGCUCAUCUCAAACUCCAGUGGAGCUAGAACCAGUGAUUUACACUAAACAAACUGAACUGCACCCUAAUGAGGUUUGUGAAGACUUGACUUUGGAAGACUUGGAAGAAACAAUCAAUGAUGUUGAGGAUGUACAUAACCGAACUUGUGAAAAAACAGAACCUGUGUUGAUGCAAGCGAGGGUCGCCACACCAGUUGAACACCCCCCGUUGCAACACAGUGGGCCUGACAACCAGAAACCAGCUCUGAACAGCUGUAAUGAUUCCUCCAGCCAUCACAAAGUCAACACUGCUGCCAGCCCUUCUUCAUCAACCUGUGGUCAUAAAUGCCUCAGUGUUUACACAAAAAUACACGACCUGAAUGGUCACUUAUACCAUGCAUUCAAACACAAGAAGAUGAGCUCCCCGUCGCACACCUUGUCAAAUGGUCAGGAGGCCUCUGGCUAUCGUAAGAGCGUCCGAGUCAUAAACUGUGGUGUGAGAGACUGUGCAGUGUGUUUCAAUGACACAGUGAAAGAGAAUGAAGAGAUGAGAGUAACCUGUGCAGAGAAGCCUGACAUCAACCUGGAGGCGGUCCUUCAGCCGGGUCACUGGCUUUUCCAACAGGAGGAAGAGGAACUGAAAGAUAUCUGGAGAGGAAGAGUGGGUAAUCUCACCUCUAACAGCACUGUGGAAUCAAAUAUGGAUGAAGAGACAGGGUUAUCAAUCAAUACCAACUGGGGACAUGUAACCCAUGCACUCUAUGGAUGAGAUGGUCUUAAUUUGAUCAUGUAACCAACUCAUAUCAAUGAGAUGGAUUAUCGUGGAUCAGUUACCCUCCACUUUCAUGGAUAGAGUGGUUUUGGACACCUCACCAUUUAUCUGCUGUAGAUUUAAUAACUGAUUAGUUUAUUUGUAUUGUUCUCUACAUCAGUGUGGUACAUGUAGUGAAAAACUGCCAGUGUUAUGGUUGGAGAACCAUCAGGGGUUCUCAAACUUUUCAGGCCAAGCACCACCUUUGAUCAAAUCAGAACAUCCAAAUACCACCAAGUCAAGGGCGGACUGGCCAUCGGGAGAACCGGGACUUUUCCCGAAGGGCUGGCCACAAAAUUGGGCCGAAUGGGCAUAAGCUGAAAUGGGCCGCCACAUUAUGCAGAAUGGAUAACCUCACAUGUGUUACCUCACAUGGAUGGCAUUCCCAAACCCAAAAUGCUGGAGUAAGACCACAUUUGUUAAACGAGCCCUGGAUAACCUAGUCCAUAAUUCUAGAAACUCUUCAGAUGAAACGCAUGUUAAUCUUCUUCUAAAUAGAUAUGUUGAUGGUGUGAAUUAUUCUUAUCAGUUAAAAUGUGUUAUUUUUUGUUUCAUGACCCUUUAAGUGCUUUUGCUUUUUCACUCAUUACAAGAAAACAUCUAGUAAA